UCCAAAGGAAGCCCACUCAUUGGUCCGAUGCUCGGCGUUGCCCUAUUACUCGUUCUCGGACAGCGUUCCAAUCCCAACUGCCCUUUCUUUAUUCCCCCAGAAAAUUACAAAAAACACCCUCAAAACCCACAAAAUCGAAACUUUGACCCCCUCCCUCUUCAAUUAAAAUACUCCGCUUCUCUCUCCCUCCUCAAUCUUGCCCUCCUCCAUCUCUCGCCGGCGAUGGAGGCGACCACCAAUUCUCGCCUCGAUUUCGGAAAGCUGGAGUUUGGGUGCAAGCACUAUAGGAGGAGAUGCAAGAUCCGAGCUCCCUGCUGCAACGAGAUCUUCGGAUGCCGACACUGCCACAACGAAUCCACUACUGAUCGCCACGAGCUCUGUCGUCAUGAUGUUCAGAAGGUGAGAUCUUAAAAUUUGAAUCUUGAAUCUUUUUUUUUUAAUUCUUUAUUUUUUAUCAUUUCU